AUAUUUUGCCCAACCAUCACAACUUCACAAGCGGAACGGAAGAUCCAAGACGCCCUCAAUUUCCCAAUCUCCCUUCUCGAACCUCGCCCCCGUUUCUCCACCUCCACCUCACCUCGUGCUCCUUCCGCCCUCUCCCCCAAAUUUUCCAUCCUCUCCAAUCCCAAAUCCCUCAGUGAUUUAGGGUUAGCAACCCCCGCCUCCCGCCUCUCACGCGCGUCGCCGCCAUCGCCAUUCCCGUCCUCCCUCGGUCGAGAUCCGCCACUGGCCGCACGGCUGCUUGCCUCUAUGAUUGAUUUCCGAUUGGGGAACGCGGUAUAGCCUCCGGUUGUGCUUUUGUGCAUGUUGAGCUGGAUGAAUGGGAUUUUGGAGGAGAGAAUGAGGAGGGAGUUGUGGGCUGCUUGGUUGAAAUCCUUUUCGAAUCACUGAAACGUACUUGUCAGUAGCAUAUAUGUAUAUCGCGCAUACGUAAUUCGAUUCUGUUUGCGAAAACCAGUGGGGUGUACUGAUGUACACCCUUGUAUCGCUGUAGCUUCGCCCCGGCGUCCCCUAUUUCCCUCUGAUUUGAGAGGGUUGCUGGUUGUUGAAACGUGGAACCCUCGCUAAGAAGACUGGAGGAUGACGAGGAUCUUCGUGCAGCGUGGCUCCUCGUCCAACUCUGGUCGCUCGGGCUCACAGACGCCACAGCAGCAGCAGAACCAGACAUCAUCAUCAUCAGCUGUCCGGGAGGAGGAGUUGAACGUGCAGCCACAGCUGCCGGAGCUCUUGGCUUCAGAUGAUAUAACUGAGCAUCUUCUUGAGGGCAGCGAGAGUAGUAGCAAUAAGCCUUCGAGACUGGUUGAUCCUGUGUCUGAGAGCUCAAGCUGUUCAGAAGAGAGGCCUACAAGGGAGAAACCUCCCAAAGAUGACUUCAAUGUGACUGAUCCUGCUUUCUUGGCGGAAUUAACGGGGCUUCAGUUUUCGGAUAAGCCUGAGCAGGAAAAUUCUGUACAGUCAGGCACUGGGCCAUCGCAGAUGACCGGCGGAGCAUCACACCCACCGCCUCCACCAGCUCCACCACCGAAACCAUCAUCCAGUAAUAAUGGGUUGAGGAGAAUGGGAUCUGGAAGCUCGAACAGUGUGCGGAUUGGAUCUUCAAGAAGGCCAGUAGCUUGGCCACCAGUGGCAGCUCGGACAUCUGCUUCGGGUUCUCGGCCUUCUUCACCUAGGUCGCUUGCUGAUUGUGAAGGGUACAAUAGUGCAGAUGAGCAGGGCCCCUGUUACACCUCUAGCUAUGAUGAUUCGGAAAGGGAGCAUAUGUUUGAGCAUGACCUAAGGCGAGUGAAAGGGUUGGAGAUAAGGAAGAUGGCGGAAGAUGGGAAUUGUCUGUUUAGAGCUGUUGCCGAUCAAGUUUAUGGUGAUCCAGAAGCUUAUGACAUGGCUAGGCAGAUGUGUGUUGAUUAUAUGGAAAGAGAACGGGAUCAUUUCUCCCAGUUCAUGACCGAAGGUUUUACAUCAUACUGUAAGAGGAAAAGAAGAGAUAAGGUAUAUGGCAAUAAUAUUGAGAUCCAGGCCUUUGCUGAGAUGUACAAUCGUCCAAUUCACAUAUAUUCUUACAGUACAGAGCCCAUUAACAUUUUUCAAGGAAGUUAUAACACAGAUGUUCCUCCAGUUAGGUUAAGUUACCAUCAUGGUAAUCAUUACAAUUCAGUUGUUGAUCCUCGCCGGCAAACAGUUGGGGCAGGCCUGGGAUUUAGCUCCCUUAGAGGGACCAACAAUGUCGACAGGGACCAAGUGAAGGCUGCAAUAAGAGCUCAGCAAGACCAGCAGAUUGAGAAUGCACUUUUGGCGGAAGGGCGGCUCUACUCUGAUCUGGAAUUAACCGAGCAGGAAAUAGAGCGGAUGGUGAUGGAGGCCUCUAGGGCAGAGUAUCUGAACCAGCAACAGGUUAACUUCAGAGAUUCAUCAAGGUCAGGGGCAGAGCCAUCUUCUUCUGCCGCAAUUACUGGGUCGUCUGGUUCGGCUACGGCAGCAGAUAGAAGCAACGAGAAUUGCUUUGUGCUCCCGGACACCGUGCUGACUCGUGGCAUGCAGUUGCUCCUAGCAAUGGGCUUCAGCUACAUGCAAGUGAUGGAAGCCUACAGCAUAUUCGGCGAGGACGUGGACUCUAUGAUCUGCUACCUGGUAGAGAUGGGAGGCACCGGGCCUUCUGCAGGUGGCAGCAAUCGUCGGAAAGGAAAGGCUGCUGAGUAAACCCGUGCAAAUUUGUAGAGGCGUUGGAGGAACAAAAUCAUCAGGCUAAGAUCAUACAAAAUAAUGGUAGCCUUUGUGGGUUGAGAGCUGGUACAUCAAUGUAGUGCUACCUUGUUGGGGGAUAUAAUGAAUAAAAGGUACUCUCGGGAGUCUUGACUUUUCUGUG